CCGCCUCGACAGGCGAUACCACUGCCCCGCCGAUCGCCGCCGCCGCCGCCGAGCUGCCGAUGGCGGCUGCCGCGGCCGCCCGGCUCCUCCGUUUGGCCCCGCGCCGGCUCCAGGUUAAGACCUCCCCGCUUGCCGCGCUCUCGUUCCCGCUCCCGCGUACGGCGCCGCUCGCCGCCGCCUCGGGGCGGCGGCAGCGCUUCUGCGCCGCGGCGCAGGCCUCUGCCCCCGCCGCCGCCGCCGCGGCGACCGGGCCGGCGGGCGAGGCCGUGGGAGAGUUCAGGAAGCGUCUGCGGGUGGCGGACGUGAAGGGCGGGGAGGACGAGGGCGCCGCGUUGGUGGGCAAGGAGCUCGCCGUGCGCGGUUGGGUGCGCACCUGCCGCGCCCAGAGGACUGUCACCUUCGUCGAGGUCAAUGAUGGCUCUUGCCUGUCCAAUAUGCAAUGUGUAUUGACUCCUGAUACAGAAGGCUAUGACCAGAUAGACUCUGUCACUACCGGAGCAUCUGUACUAGUUGAGGGAGUUGUUGCAAGCAGCCAAGGCGGUAAGCAAAAAGUGGAGUUGAAGGUUUCAAAGAUCACUGUGAUUGGGAAAAGUGACCCCACAUCUUUUCCCAUACAGAAGAAACGGGCAUCAAGAGAAUUUCUUAGAACUGUAGCCCAUCUCCGUCCUCGGACAAACACUUUUGGUGCAGUGGCAAGAGUGAGAAAUGCUCUGGCAUAUGCAACUCAUAAAUUCUUCCAAGACAAUGGAUUUGUUUGGGUAUCAAGCCCUAUUAUUACUGCCUCGGAUUGUGAAGGAGCCGGGGAGCAGUUUUAUGUGACUACUUUGCUUUCAAACAGCGCUGAAGGUGGUUCCCUACUCAAAGAUAUUCCUGCUACCAAGGAUGGAAGGGUUGAUUGGUCACAGGAUUUCUUCUGCAAACCAGCAUUUCUGACGGUGUCUGGACAGCUUAAUGGCGAAACAUAUGCUUCAGCUCUAUCUGAUAUUUACACAUUUGGUCCAACAUUUAGGGCUGAAAAUUCAAACACCGCGAGACAUCUGGCUGAGUUUUGGAUGAUCGAACCUGAGCUUGCCUUCGCGGAUCUAAAUGAUGACAUGGCUUGUGCAACUGCAUAUCUCCAGUAUGUAGUAAAGUAUAUUCUAGAGAACUGUAAAGAAGAUAUGGAUUUCUUCAAUACAUGGGUUGAGAAAGGCAUAAUAGAACGAUUAAAUGAUGUAGUAGAGAAGAACUUUGUUCACUUGUCAUACACUGAUGCUGUCGAGCUACUUCUUGGGUCCAAGAAGAAAUUUGAGUUCCCGGUGAAAUGGGGGUUGGAUCUUCAAAGUGAGCAUGAGAGAUACAUCACGGAAGUAGCUUUCAGUGGCCGCCCAGUUAUAAUUAGAGAUUACCCGAAGGAAAUCAAGGCUUUCUAUAUGCGACAGAAUGAUGAUGGGAAGACAGUUGCCGCGAUGGAUUUGUUGGUUCCUCGGGUUGGUGAACUUAUUGGAGGAAGCCAGAGGGAAGAGCGCCUUGAUCACCUCGAAGCCCGGUUGGAUGAGCAAAACCUGAACAAGGAGAGCUACUGGUGGUAUUUGGAUCUACGGCGAUAUGGAUCAGUUCCCCAUGCUGGUUUUGGUCUUGGAUUUGAACGGCUCGUACAGUUUGCAACCGGAAUUGACAACAUCAGAGACGCCAUCCCAUUUCCCCGAGUUCCUGGCUCUGCCGAGUUCUAGCGAUCUCGAGGCGUUUGCAUAUAUAUACUUUACGAAAUUCUUGCCUGGGAGACAAGGGUGGGAAAACCACAUGACCCAUUACUAUGCAUUGUACAGAGUUGCUCGUUGCUAAUCUGAAGUGAAGCUAUACCCUGGUAGAUUCGUUGUUUGGUGUAAUUGCGUACACCGUGGGUAAGGUAAAUUUCGCCGCGAUAACAAUCUGAGUAUGAUCUUCCUGUAAUUUUGAACACUAACAAUUUUGUCAAGGGUGGUUUUUGUUUGUA